GCUCAUCUCUCGCCGGCAGCCUCCCCCGGGCACAUCAUCGGCGGAAAGAUGAACCCCACCGUCGGCAUCGCUGUCAUCCUGACAGUGCUCCAGGCCGCCCAGUGCCAGAUGAUCAAGGACCUGAGUGCCUGCCUGCUGGGCCAGAGCCUGCGGGUGGACUGCCGCUACGAGAACAAAACCAGCAACCCGCUGACCUACGAGUUCAGCAUCACCAAGGACAACAGGAAGCACGUCAUCCACAGCACCAUCAGCGUCUCCGAAAACGUCUACCGGAGCCGCGCCAACGUCACCAUGCACAAGAACCUGGUGUGCCUCUACCUGCAGAGCUUCACCACCAGCGAUGAGGGGGUUUACAUGUGCGAGCUGAAGGCCACCAGCGACUACACCGGCAACCAGAUAAAGAACAUCACUGUCAUCAAAGACAAACUGGAGAAAUGCGCCGGCUUCAGCCUCUUGAUCCAGAACACUUCGUGGCUCCUCCUGCUCCUCCUUUCCCUGCCUCUCCUGCAAGCCGUGGACUUCGUGUCCCUGUGAAAGGAAAAAAAAACAAAAAACAAAAAACCCCGCGCCCCCACGGAGCACCCCAGCCAACCCGCCUCCCCCGCCAGAGCGCAGCCCUCGGAAAGAGAAGAUUUGGAAGAAACGAAACCUCUCUCUAUGUUAUCUCUAUGUAGCCGUAUAUCUAACGCUAACCACCGUCCUGUGCUGAGACCCGCCGGCACGCGCGCGCACGCCCCGCUCCGAAGCAUGGUGGCUCCGCUAGGCAGCGUCGCUUCUCCCAUCGCGCCCUCCCCGCGCGCUGGUUUUGCUGGUGCUGGGGGCACCGGAGCCUCAGCCCCGCACAGCCCGCUUCUCCCGCCCCUUUUCUUUUUUUUUUAUUUUUAUUUUUUUAUAAAUAUUUUUCUUUGCCCUGUUCUCAACUGGGGAAAGACAGCCGGACGAGCAGGUAAGGGAGGGGACGGGAGAGCGCGGGGAUGGGUCCCGGUGCUGGGAGGAGACGGGGAGGACACCAGGUGCCAGCGGGGUGACUUGGUGGUUUCUCUUUGUUGCAGCCGGGCUGGAAGCGAGGCCCCCAGACAACGCCUUGUGCCCUGGGGCUGCCCAAGCCCGGGGCCCCCCCGGCCCUCCCCAGGGACCAGUCCUUAGCUGUGACGAGAGAAGUGCCACCAGCGCCCGCAGCGGAGGCCCGCAGAGCCUCUCCGAGCUAGCCACAGCCCGGUCAGCACCCCGUGCCCCCAGGUGGGGAGGGGGCUCCCCCAGGGGACCGCCACUCCUCCGCCCCAGCUCCCCGUCUGCUCCAUGGGGACCCCGUCCUUCCCCAUGACACGUGCCCCCCUCUUUCUCUGGCCCCACCACGCUGCUGGGAGGAGCCCAUGUGUCCCCCCGGCCCCCCCCCCCGCUCCCUUCCAGCGUCCCCCUCUUUCUAUUUAAGUGCAGAAAAAUGGGGCUAAGGCAAGCCCAGCUCUUGGCCACCACCUCAGUGAGGAUCACAGAAUGUCCCCAGGGGUCAGCAAGAGUGGAGAGAGGGACCCCCGAGCACAGCUCCAGCCUGUCCCCAUGCCCUGCAGGACCCCAGGAGCCUUCGGACCAGGAGAGACCACGGGGCUGGCCCUGCACACCCCAGCCCAGGAGCGGGCAGGGGGCUGGGGAAGGCACUGACGGGACCACCUGGCUCUGCGGGGCGAACCUGAGCCCUGCCGAGCUCCCCAGGCUGUGCCGCGACGGCUGAGAGCCCUUCCCAGCAGCUGCUCCCUGCUCCUUGCUUUCCUCCGGACGCCACGAGCUGCCUCCCACCCCGCUGCCCCUUCCUGCCCGUCCCUGCCCCUCGCUGCCUGCUUGCUUGCUGUCUAGUGCUGCCGAGGCCGUGCGCGGCGGAGGCUCGGCUCGCCCCACUCCCCGGGCUGGCUGGAGCUCCCCGGGGAGCACCGGGGCAGGGCAGAGCCCGGCCGACCGCACGGACGCGUCUCCGGUCUCAUUUUUUUGGUGAACAUUUGUAGUUGUUUCCACAGCUUGUCGUAAAAGAAAUUCUGUUAAAAGGAGAAAACGAAAAGCCAACCCUACGAAAAGCAACGACAACAACAACAACAAAAACACCUGUUUUCCGGGAGUUUUCCUCUGUCUGCACAAUAAAAGCCUAGGUCGUGUGUUGGA